GAUAGUAGCACGACGCACGACGUGAUACGCCGCGCCGCGCGUUUCUGCGCGAUUUUUUAUGUCGCGCGAGCCAAGUCGGGGUGGACUCGCUUGAGGAAGUGUCGCGGGAUCGUGCGUCGAUUUUGAUCGUUUGAUUUCAACCCCUUAGCCGCUUAGCCGCUCACGCGCUCCACUCGCCUCUUCCGCUCGCGCGUAUCGUCUCUCUCUCUCUUUCUCUCUCUCUUUCUGGCCGAAGCCUUGCUCCAAUCUCCUUUCCCGCCGCUUUCGACCCUUCUCUCGUUCUCCAUUUCCACCCUCGCGCUCCCUUUCCUUCUCCCCCUGCCGUAUACCACCCAUCCAUUCCAUUCUUUCUAGUUCUCUGCGCGUUACGGCGUGAACUAGUACCGAAUUCGCGCGACGACGCGGCGUCGCGAAUCGGCGGAACAGAGCGAGUGCGAAUAAAUCGCGUCGUCGUCGAGAACGGCAGCGGAGGCGCAAAGGGAGAAUAUGCCGCCUUCGCUAAGCGCGAUGAAAUCAUGUGGUCGCGCUCGGCUCCGGAGGUGGCAGUGACAUUUCGGACGCACACGUUCCGGAACGAUACACAUAGCCCGGAACGCUCUCUGCCGCCACCGCCGCCGCCGCCUUCCUCCUUCCGCCUACCUCCGUUGAAAUGAUCGAAUCGACGGACGGAGCCGUCAUCGUGGCGCAUGUAGCGUGGACCACUAUUGGCGAAAAUGGAAAAACAUCGGGGAUGAAGACGGGGCUUCAUCGCUGUGUGUGAUCCGAUUUUGCGACUUGUACAUAUAUAUAUUUGUACACACGUGCGCGAGCGAGUGACAGGUCGGGAGUUAUUACGAGUUUCGCGAGAUUAGUGAGUAGUAGGCUAGAUGCGCUUGAGAUUGAUCCGGAGGAAGAACGAGAGGAAGAAAUCCGAACACGGUACCGACCUAUGGACGAUGCGCGAAGAUCAUUAAAUCGACGGGCGUCGAGCCGGUACGCCGCUGGUCCCCGGUCCCUGCUUCGACGAUCGAUCGCCAAUCACACGAAAUUAUCGCGAAGAAAAAGGGGUUUACGCGGGCUACGCGCCGAGAACAACGAGAAACGGAGAGAGAAAGAGAGGGAGGGAGAGGAAUUCGAGAAAUAAUUGUUGAGAACUGUUGAAAUAAUGUUCCUGCGCAUUGACGACAGGCUACUACGCUUUGGGAUACUGUUUCUGUUGUGGAUAGGCUCGAGUUGCCAGCAGGAGGAGGACAUACCCCACAAUGAAGUGAAAAACUGGGCUUUAAAGUUUGGCGUGGAUUUAUGGGAGUUUGGCAAACAAGUAACUAAAAUGAGCGAGAUACAGAGAAAAUACCAUGAAAUGGAUGCAAACGUCGUGAAAAGGGAUGGUCUCGUCCUUGUUCGGGAAAUGGCCAUGGAAGUGAAAAAUAUGAUGGACUUUAAAAUGAAUGCUGUGAUGAGAUUGGUGGAGAGUGCCGAGCAAGCUGCAGUAUCGGUGCCAAAAGAAGGGAAUGUAUCGCCUAAAUAUUACGCUUCGCAUCGGCUUAAUAACUUUGUUACUGAUGGAAAGAGUUCCGGUGGCGCGCAGGAAAUGUUCCUUACUGUAAAUCGUCAUUUUGACCAUUUAGCAGUGAACGUUAGUUUGUCUGCCGUGCUAUUACCAAGUGGAGUUAAAGACAGUGACCGUGAUGUUGCUUCGGGCAUUCAAUGGAGCGAAUAUUUAGACCUUUUGUUUGUUAAUAAUUAUGAAAGUGAUCCUACACUAUCAUGGCAAUAUUACGGAGCGACGGCAGGAUUUCUACGUCGUUUUCCAGCGAUAUCUUGGCCACCGAUGGAGGCUACAUCCGGAAGGUUCAAGUCCUCCUCGCAUCAUCGAGCUGUUCGCGAUGUGUACGAUUUUAAGAUGUUGAAUUGGUUUAUCGGAGCGGCGAAUAGCCCGAGAGAUUUAGCAGUAUUGAUCGAUAGCACGACUUAUGUAUCUGAUAAAAAUCGGCGAUUAACAAUAGCCACGACGAAAAUCAUUCUAGACACCCUAGGACCGAACGAUUACGUGAAUGUAUAUCGUUAUGGUGAAAAUGCUGAGGAAAUCGUACAAUGUUUCAAGGAUAGUUUGGUGCAGGCAUCACCAGAGAAUAUUCACGAAAUGAAGAUAGCAUUAUCUUCCGUGAAACAUGAGGAUCCUGCGACUAACAUCUCAGCCGCGCUCAGCACUGCCUUUGAGAUCUUGCACAAAUAUAACAGGACCGGUCAGGGGAGUCAGUGCAAUCAGGCCAUUAUGUUAAUCACCUGCGAUACUGGUGGCCCGCCUGUGGAAGUGAUAAAACGUUAUAAUUGGCCGCACAUGCCUGUCCGCAUCUUUACUUACCUCAUCGGCGGUGAUAAAAGUCCCGAGCUCCGAAACACGGCUUGCACUAAUAAGGGAUUUUAUGCAAGAAUAACAAACGUGGACGAAAUCCAUGAUAAAGUCUUCGAGUACGUGAAGGUUCUAGCACGGCCUAUGGUACUCUAUCAGCAUGAUCAUCCUCUUCACUGGAGUCCUGCUUAUAUAGGUGGAAAGAGUAGUAUGUAUGGCAGAGAAAAUCGCGGUCAACUAAUGACGUCCGUGUCAGCUCCAAUUUUAGAUCGCCGAAAUUAUACGGUAAAAACAGCCAAUUUAUUGGGUAUCGUUGGUACUGACGUACCUGUUGAGGAGAUUCAGAAACUCGUGCCGCCUUACAAGUUAGGAGUUAACGGAUAUUCGUUUAUUGUUGACAAUAAUGGCAGAGUUCUGUAUCAUCCUGAUUUGCGGCCUCUCCCUGGAAAUAUAGAAUAUGAUGAAACGCUAAAGCCUACAUAUAUAAGUGUGGAUUUAUCGGAAGUUGAACUCGCAGAAUAUGAUGGCCCUUCAACCCCUCCAAACAAUUCUCUCCUACUCGAUUUGAGACGUGAUAUGAUCGAUCAAAAAGAAGGAGAAACAGAUUUUACAAUCAAAAUUCAUUAUGACAAUAUGAAAAGAGUUACGAUCAGACGGCACAACUAUUUUUACAAGCCGAUCGAAGGCACACCAUUUUCUUUAGGCCUAGCUUUGCCAGAAGGAUAUGGCAUGUUCGAAUUACGUGCCGAGCACGAAAUCAAACUCGCUAUUGUAAAUGUAACAGAAUAUUUCAAAGGGGUCAGCUGGAAAGUGCAUCCCGAUUGGGUCUAUUGCGAAUAUAGUUCGGCUUCCGAUAAAUUAUUUUCCUCUCCCGAAGAACGCGUCUUGCACUUUUUAGCACGAACGCGUAGACCGGGUUGGAAAUGGAUGUCCUUGAGACCAAGGAGUCCUAGCUCGCAUCACAAACAAGCGAGCAAGUCGGAUAAAGAUGCUUAUUAUUGCGAUAAGAAACUAGUGCAAUCCCUAGUUUUGGAUGCUCUAGUAACAGAUGGAUUCGAUAAGAGAGAAGCACAAAGAAUGCACAAAGAGGAAAAUGACAACCCUAUUGCCAUACUGAUGGCUCUACUGCACAGUCAAGGCAAGGGUAGAUUUGGCGUCACUAGAAGUUUCAUCGCAACCAGAAGUGGACUUCUACGAUGGCACGAGCAUCAACAAAACGAUGACAACACUGAUGAACCGCGAUUCGCGGAAAAGUAUGCAAGAGCCAUGGAUUCAACAUGGUACAAACGUGCAGUGGAUCAACAUUCCAUAGAGCCAGAAAGCUUCGUCUUCAGCGUACCAUUUGAUGCGGCUGAAACAAUCGAUCCGCUUGUCACCGCCACUCACGCGAUAUAUAUCGGGAAAAGCCACAAAGCUCCGGCGGCAGUAGUGGGUUUGCAAUUUCAACAUUCGUCUUUGGCAACUCAUUUCGUCAAUAUCACGUCUACGUGCACCGGUAUGACAGGAUGUAAAAAAAAUUGCGCGUCGGAGGAGCUCGACUGUUACAUUUUAGAUAAUAACGGAUUUAUCAUUAUAAGCGAACGUCACGAACAUACUGGAAAGUUUUUCGGUGAAAUAGAUGGGACAAUAAUGGAUUCCUUAGUACAAGAUAGGAUAUACAGGAAAGUAUCUGUUAUUGAUUAUCAAGGAACUUGUAGCCCUCAAGAAUCUCAUCAAUCGUCAGCGCCGCAAACUAUAUCCAAUUCUGUUAUAAAAACAACUGCGGCAUUUGGCAAUUUUCUUUGGACUCUAAUUUUAAGCCUCAAUAUUCAAGAUUUCUGGCGAACAACAUUAGCAUUUGCUAAUGAUGUAAUGCAUUCGUUGGAUGACGAUUUAAUGAUCUCCGACGAUGGUGAAAUUCAAGACCUCGAGUCACUUACAUCUGUCGAUUCGACAGAAGAGGGAGCAUCGGAUGAGAACAACAUAUAUAUGAGAUUUCCGAUAAUUGCACCAGCCUCGCCACCAACUACUCGAGCCACUUCCGCUCAUUAUUUCCGAAAAUUGCGCUCAUGCGAGAAGAAAACAGAUCUUUACAUUCUGCAACCUGAACGGCUUAAUACCAGCGGGCAGAGCAAUCCUUUGAAGGGGAAGCUCACUAAUUGUCACGUUACUGGAUGCGAAAGACCGUUCAGUGUUCAAAAGAUUCGUCACACCAAUCUAAUAUUGUUGGUGGUUGACACGCUGUGUCCAUGCGGCAGUAAACAAUUGAGUAUUGAACCUAUUGAGGCAUUGACAGAACCAGGAGCAUGCACGGCAAGGAGAGAACGCUUGUACCGACGAAGACCACCGAAAUGUAUAAACUACCACCCUGAAGAGAUGGAAAUUAAAUAUUGUGGCAACGCCGACCGUCUUGUUAGUUUCUCGUCGUUAAGUCUUACAGUUCUCUUAUCUAUCGUUAUAGUGCGGCUGUUACUUGCGUGACUUUAUCGUCAUUAAAUAAUAUUGCGCAUACACACGCGCAAAUACAUAUACACACACAUAUAUACACACAUGUUUAUAAAUUAUCUUUUUAAAAUGAAUUUAGUGUUAUUGUUUCUAUGAAACAAUUAUAAAGAAGGAGAGAAGUAAAAGAAAAGAAAAUAAUGUAUUAGAUAUUUAUUCGCGGAUUAUUACGACAUGAAGGUGGUAAUACACAUACACGUAUGUACACAUGAACGUACGCGCGCACACGUACACACAUACAUACACACACACAUAUACACAUAUAUUAUAGAUAUAUAUACAUAUAGACCAAUCAUUUGAUCUAUAGAAUGAAAUUAAAGAAAAACUGUUGGAGAUCAUCUUUGAUUAUCAUCUUUUUUUUCUUUAAGAGCGACCAAUAGCGAUACUGACGAAGUAUUACAUUCAGCAUUGAUUGAAAGAGGAGAGGAAGAUAUUUAAAGAUGAUUUUUGCAGUUUCUCUGUUGAUAUAUAAACUUCACAGUUCCGAUAUAGGAAAAUUAUAUGAUUGUUGGUCUAUUUACAUAUGUCUACGAUACAGACACACACAUACACGUAGGAUGUUUCGAAGUACACCAACAACGCUUAAAGAUUAAUAAGGAAUGAUAAAAUAAGAAUUUUUUAAGCGGUACUUCUCAAGUCUAGAAAUGUAAUAUUUUUCCGUUACAUAAAAUAAUAAAAUAAUUAAAUGUAUCUUGAAAGAGAUUUCAGGCCAUCAGGUGCCAAUAAUAAACAGUUUUCUUUACGUGAAAAAAUAAGAGAAAU